AUGGAGUGGAGUUACCUGUUGGAAAUCACCUCGCUGCUCGCCGCCCUGUCCCUGCUGCAGCGCGCCGGCUGCGCCGCCGCCUCGGCUGCCGCCGCCGCGUCCUCCUCCUCCUCCUCCUCCUCGGCAAAGGAGCUGUCGUGCCAGGAGAUCACCGUGCCCCUCUGCAAGGGCAUCGGCUACAACUACACCUACAUGCCCAACCAGUUCAACCACGACACGCAGGACGAGGCCGGCCUGGAGGUGCACCAGUUCUGGCCGCUGGUGGAGAUCCAGUGCUCCAGCGACCUGCGCUUCUUCCUCUGCAGCAUGUACACCCCCAUCUGCCUGGAGGACUACAAGAAGCCGCUGCCGCCCUGCCGCAGCGUCUGCGAGCGGGCCAAGGCCGGCUGCGCCCCGCUCAUGCGCCAGUACGGCUUCGCCUGGCCCGACAGGAUGCGCUGCGACCGCCUCCCCGAGCAGGGCAGCCCGGACACGCUCUGUAUGGACUACAACCGCACGGACCUCACCACGGCCGCGCCGCCGCCCGCCAAGCCCCCGCUCCGCGGCUCCAAGCCCGGCACCCCCGCCAAGGCGCCCCCCGCCGCCGCCGCCCCGCCGGCCGAGGCUCCGCGCAAGCCGCGGCCGCCGCCGCCCUGCGAACCGGGCUGCCAGUGCCGGGCGCCCAUGGUGUCGGUGUCCAGCGAGCGGCACCCGCUCUACAACCGCGUCAAGACGGGGCAGAUCGCCAACUGCGCCCUGCCCUGCCACAACCCCUACUUCAGCCCCGACGAGCGCGCCUUCACCGCCUUCUGGAUCGGGCUCUGGUCCGUGCUCUGCUUCCUCUCCACCUUCGCCACCGUCUCCACCUUCCUCAUCGACAUGGAGCGCUUCAAGUAUCCCGAGCGCCCCAUCAUCUUCCUGGCCGCCUGCUACCUCUUCGUGUCGCUGGGCUACCUGGUGCGGCUGGUGGCGGGGCACGAGAAGGUGGCGUGCAGCGGUGGGGCGGGCGCGGGCGGCGCGGGGGCCGGGGCGGCGGGGGCCGGCGGCGGCGCGGCCGCGGGGGCGGCGGCGGCGGGCGGGCGCAGCGCGGCGGGCGGCGCGGCCGAGCUGCAGCCGGAGCUGGCGGUGGCCGAGCACGUGCGGUACGAGAGCACCGGCCCGGCGCUGUGCACCGUGGUCUUCCUGCUCGUCUACUUCUUCGGCAUGGCCAGCUCCAUCUGGUGGGUCAUCCUCUCCCUCACCUGGUUCCUGGCGGCGGGCAUGAAGUGGGGCAACGAGGCCAUCGCGGGCUACGCGCAGUAUUUCCACCUGGCCGCCUGGCUGCUCCCCAGCGUCAAGUCCAUCGCUGUGCUGGCGCUCAGUUCUGUGGACGGGGACCCCGUGGCUGGCAUCUGCUACGUGGGCAACCAGAGCCUGGAGAACUUAAGGGGCUUUGUGCUGGCACCUCUGCUCAUCUACUUGGCCAUCGGCUCCAUGUUCCUGCUCGCUGGCUUCGUCUCGCUCUUCCGUAUCCGCAGCGUCAUCAAGCAGCAGGGUGGCCCUACCAAGACCCACAAGCUGGAGAAGCUGAUGAUACGCCUGGGACUCUUCACCGUGCUCUACACCGUGCCAGCUGCCAGCGUGGUUGCCUGCCUCUUCUACGAGCAGCACAAUCGGCCCCGCUGGGAGGCCACGCACAACUGCCCCUGCCUGCGUGACCAGCAGCCUGACCAGGCCCGCCGCCCUGACUAUGCCGUCUUCAUGCUCAAGUACUUCAUGUGCCUGGUGGUGGGCAUCACUUCUGGGGUCUGGGUCUGGUCUGGCAAGACCCUGGAGUCCUGGAGGGCCCUCUGCACCCGCUGCUGCUGGGCCAGCAAAGGUGCUGCCGUGGCUGGGAGCACAGGGGCAGGAGCAGGUGGACAGGCAGUCAUCACCACGGCAGGAGGACUUGGGGCCGGAGGUGGUGGAUCACUCUACAGCGAUGUCAGCACCGGCCUGACGUGGAGAUCAGGCACCGCCAGCUCUGUCUCCUAUCCCAAGCAGAUGCCCCUGUCUCAAGUGUGAGGAGGGGGAAAGAGGCCAAAGGUUAGGGAUUGAGGGACACUGGCCAGCCUAAAAUGCCUCCUCACUGUUUGGUGCCAUUAAUGAACCCCUAAUGGUCCUUAUUAGCCACAGCUUGUAUAGAACAAUGCAGCUGGCAGAGGCCCCAGGCUCCAGCCCCCUCCUCCUUCCCCUCCAUUCAUAUGCAGGGAGCAUGUACUUCAAGGAGCCAGCUUAUUAUUUUGCUGGCAGAGGAGGGUAGAGGCUCACCCGUGUCUUGCAGAGGGCAAGGCACAGCAGCUUCUGAAUCACUCUGGACUAACAGCAGCUCUUUACUCAUGGGAGGGAGGGUCUUCCUCCCCCCCGUCCUGAGGUGGGAGUCUGCUGGGGACUGCAGGUUUUUGGGAUGUGGAUGACCAGGCAAAUGCCUUACAACAUUGACUGAAUCAAAAAAUGUCUUAAUUAUACACCCCAGCUAAAUACGGGUUUCCUACAUUAAAGGAUGUAUUUAUAUAAUUAUUUGUUACCUUGUACAGAUGUGUAAAAUAUGUAUAUAUCCAAAGCUAUACAGUCUGUAAAUUUUUUUGUAAAAAUUUAGAGGCUACCCCUGUAAGAGCAAAUAUGAGUAUUCUAUUUUGUCAAUAAAAUGACUUUUGAUAAAUGA